AUGUCCGAAAAACCAACUCCUUCGAAAGCCGACCAAUGGACUGGCUCCAAAGCUAGUAAAUUCGACAACAAGGCAUACAGUGAAUACUACGACCCUUGUCAGGAAGCCGCGGACAGGAGCAUAAAGUGUUUGAAGAGGAAUGGAGGAGAGAGAGCUAUGUGCUCGGAUUUCUUCCAGGCAUAUCGAGAUUGCAAAGAGCAAUGGCAAGAAGCGAGGAGAGAAGCAAGGAGGAACAAGUCGUGGUUUGGCUGAGUGGUGUGAAUAACGCUCGUGGUGAGCAAAUGUACAACAUCUCCUCUCUGCAUAAGCACGGCGUUUGAUAUAAGCUUGCGUUCACUGUAAUAUAUUGGGAUAAAUUGGGUUACUGGUCUGUUGGACACAAAGGUCAACGGGUCGUUGGAAAGUCUACAGAGAAACGGUUGAGAAUCAUUGCCUAUGCUAGCUCGAUGCGACGAUUCGAGCAGAACAUCUACGCUGUCACCCAAGCAUACAUCGCGCAGAUCAAAGCCUUUCAAGCUAUACAUAUGUAUCUGAAGCUAUAGCUUUUUCAGAGACCUCCAUCUGUUACCGCGGUAAGCGCGAAUUCAAGCUCCAAAACACCCUGAC